AUGGCAUCGUCUUCGUCCCACGCCAAAAGAAGGGCUUCGUUGGCAGAUCUUCCCAAGUCCAAUGUCUUUACUUCUAAACUUCCCCCAGACCCGGCUUUUGCAACCCCGGAUAUAUCCCACAGAGCUCCACGUGAAGCUCUCGGUCCGCGGCUAGUGAAAGGCGCACUUUAUACUUUUGUCAGGCCCGAGCCAACAGAGGAGAGUGAAAUACUAGGGAUAAGCCGAAAGGCAAUGGAAGACCUCGGGCUGAAGUUGGGGGAAGAGUUUACACCCCAGUUCAAGGCAUUAGUUUCAGGCAAUGCUUUUUACUGGGAUGACAAAGAUGGAGGGAUUUACCCAUGGGCACAAUGCUAUGGAGGAUGGCAAUUCGGCUCAUGGGCUGGGCAACUUGGUGAUGGACGGGCAAUUAGCCUGUUUGAAGCCACAAACCCAACGACCAACAUCCGUUACGAAUUCCAGCUGAAAGGUGCUGGGCGGACCCCUUAUUCCCGGUUUGCCGAUGGAAAAGCCGUGCUUCGAUCUAGCAUCAGAGAAUUUAUUGUGUCGGAAGCUUUAUCUGCACUAGGUGUUCCAACAACCCGAGCAAUAUCUCUCACUUUGUUGCCUCGAUCUAAUGUUCUGCGAGAGCGCAUUGAACCAGGAGCUAUAGUGGCUAGAUUUGCCGAAUCGUGGCUGAGAAUCGGAACCUUUGAUCUCUUACGUGCCCGCGGAGACCGCGACCUGAUUAGGAAAUUAGCGACAUACACCGCCGAGGAGGUGUUUCAAGGCUGGGACGCUUUGCCGGCUGCGGUAUCGCUGUCUCUGGAUAAGAACCAAGUCUCUGACGCGGUAGAUAACCCUCCUAGGCAUGUUCCAUGGGACAAAGUCCAAGAGCAUCAAGGAGUACAAGAAAAUCGAUUUGCAAGGCUAUACCGAGAGAUUGCACGUCGCAAUGCCAAGACCGUUGCUGCAUGGCAAGCAUAUGGAUUCAUGAAUGGUGUGCUAAACACUGAUAAUACUUCCAUAUUUGGGCUUUCGCUAGAUUAUGGACCAUUUGCUUUCAUGGACAAUUUCGAUCCACAAUACACACCCAACCAUGACGAUCAUCUAUUGAGAUACUCAUACCGGAAUCAGCCUACGGUUAUAUGGUGGAACUUGGUAAGACUUGGAGAGUCUCUGGGAGAACUUAUUGGAGCGGGCAGUAAAGUUGAUGAUGACGAAUUCGUGAAAGAUGGUCUGACGGAGGAAUCUGCACUGGCUGUGUAUCGGCGUGCUGAGGAGAUUAUUGAACGAACGGGCAAGGAAUUUAGGACGGUAUUUCUGAACGAAUACAACCGCCUUAUGGGCAGCAGGCUAGGCCUGAGGAGCCAGAAAGACUCGGAUUUCGAAGACUUGUUCUCGGAGAUGCUUGACAUGCUGGAAGCUUUGGAAUUGGAUUUUAAUCACUUUUUCCGGAGGCUGUCGGAUGUAUCACUUCAAGAUCUAGAAACUGAGGAGAUAAGGAAAAAGAUGGCGUCUGUUUUCUUCCAUGCCGAAGGGUUCGGUGUUAUUGGAUACAGUGACGAUUCUGCAAGACAACGCGUCGCAAAUUGGCUCAACAAGUGGAAACACCGCGUUAUUGAGGACUGGGGUGAUUGUGAUUCUGAGAGACAGAGGUUCAUGAAAAAUAUCAAUCCAAAGUUUCUUCCACGCGGCUGGAUUCUAGAUGAAAUCAUUGAACGUGUCGAGCAGCAUGGGGACAGAGAAAUCAUUGGGCGGGUAAUGCAUAUGACACUCAACCCUUUCAAUGACGAAUGGGGUCUUAACGGUGACGAAGAGCGCUUCUGUGGGGAUGUCCCUCGAUCCAAGAGGGCCAUGAUGUGUAGCUGUAGCUCCUGA